GUUCUCGCACCACAUCUACUACGACCGCCACUCGAGCUUCGUCGAGCACCUGGGCCAGUGGUACUUCUAUUCGAACGACUACUCGCACAGCGACGCGCCCACGGGCGGCUUCCGCGACACGGUGGCGGCCUUUGUGCACUACCGCGACGACGGCACGAUCGCGCCCGUCGAGAUCACCGCGGCCGGCGUCGGGCCCCGCGACGCGCGCGCGCCGCUGCCCGCGGAGCAGUACCACCGCGUCGACGGCGCGCGCACGACCCAGGGCGGCUCGACGACGGGCUUCGUCGUCGGCGACGUCGCGGACGGGGCCGCCGUCGCCUACCGCGUCGACCGCGCGAGCCUCGGCGGCAGCGUCGCGCUCAACCUGACCUUCGCGAACGGCGGCGAGUGCGCGGGCGCCGCGACGCUCGCGGUCGCGGGGACGCCGCUCGCGACCUGCGCCCUCGCGCCCACGGGCGCCUGGGACAUGUACGCGACCGUCGCCUGCGGCGCGGCCCUCGGCGCCGCGGCCCUCGCGGCGCCGGCGUCCGCGGACGGCGCCGUCGACGUCGCCGUGUCCUUCGCCGGCUGCGGCGGCGCGGCCUUCGCCAAGCUCGACACGCUCACCUUCGCGUGA